UUCUUCCUCUCGGCCAGCACUAUCCCAAGCAAGACAAAGAAAACCUCCAUCCUCUUUUUCCAUCUUUGAAGAGAGCUCAAGCAAUAGAGGUCCAAGAGGAAAAGUUAAAGAGAGGAAAGGCUAGGAAAAGUGAGAAAGAUUAAGGGACUUGUUUGGAGCAUUUUUGAACCUCGCCGGAGUUUCACCGGAGUUGGUCAAAGUUCGCCGGAGUUGGUCAAAGUUCACCGGAAUUAGUCAAAGAUUGACCGCGGAGCGUAGAACACGCUUAAGCUCACUUAAGUUUCAGGUAGGGAGUAGAGCUUGCUACUACCGCUCGUUGCUUCGGGGAAUUCAAGGAGGAAGGCGUGAAAUGGAGCCAAUUGGUAGAAUCACUAGGAGGAACCCGACGGGCCGUGUACCGGGUGGGUCCGAACGCGGCAGCCGGGGGUCCACUAGGGUGUCAAGGGGAAGGGGCCGUGGAGGCCAACAACAGACCGUGAGCGAUGGCCACGUGGACACCGAGAGCGAGACUUAUUGGUCCUAUGAGGACUCAACUUAUAGACCGGAAACCGAGCCGGUGGAAACCCCAUAUGAUGGGGAGGAUGAUGAUGUGAGUGAAGAGAGUGAAGAUGAUGGCACUCUUGGGAGAAUCGAGGCGCUGCUCCAACAAUACCACCGGGAGCGUGAGGAGAGGAGACAACGCCGAAGGCGCCGAGCGGGGCAACCUUCGGGCAUGGCUUCAAGAGGGGGAAGUCAUGGUGCUUCUAGGGUCCAUGUUGAACCCCAUGGAGGCCAAAAUGCUGGAGGUCCAACCAUAAGGAUCUCCAAAUUUAUCAAGGAAGCAAGAGAUUUGGGAUGUAAACCGUUUGACGGAACGGGGGACAUCUCCGUGGCGGCCGAGUGGAUCAAAAGAUUCAACGAAGCGGCCCUUGACAUGCAGCUGCCACCCAACAUGAAACUAAGGGUGGCAAUAAGAUUGCUUGAAGGCAUGGCGUCCACAUGGUGGGAUGGAGUCAAAGGGAAGUACGGCGAUGCCGUCACUUGGGAGAACUUCCGGCAGGAGUUCUUCAACCAAUACUACUCCGACUUCGAGGUAAACAUGAAGAGGAGGGAGUAUACAAACUUGACACAAGGAGGUGCAUGCACGGUGAAGGAACUUGAGCACAAGUUCAGAAAGCUUGCCGAAUUCAUACCGGAGUACAUAUGUGAUGAGAACCGGAUGGUGAACCACUUCUGGGAUGCCUUGGACCUUGACAUACGUGAGAGGGCAACACAAUUGCCUAAUAUGACGUUUAGUCAAGUGGUUGAACAAGGCCUGAAGGGAGAGAAGGAGUGGGAGGAAAGAAAGCGAAGGAAUGCCGAGGAGGCGAAGAAAAGGAAGUGGGAAAGCCAUGGCCCCCAAGGUUCCAACAAGAAGGGGAACCAUGGGGGAGGUGGAUCGUUCAGGGCACCGGCACCGCCAUCAAAAGGGAACCCGGCCUUCAGCGGGCACAACUCGGGCUCACAAGCGUCAACGACGCCAAGGUGUAGGAAUUGCAACCGGAGCCAUGCCGGUAAGUGUCGUGAUCCACCACGGUGCUACCAAUGCGGGAGCACAGGGCAUAUCAAGCCAAAUUGCCCUCAACUUGGUGGGAACCGAGGGGCGGGAUCGAGCGGCGCUACCACGGCAAGUAGGAACCGAACCGAACCACCCCAUGCUAGUACAGGGCAAGGGGGAGCAAGUACGAGCAACGCACCCUCCGUGAACCAAGGAAGGACCCAAGCAAGGGUCUACGCAAUGACGGAGGCGGAUGCCCGAGCUAACCCAGAUUCGGUUGCAGUUUCAGGUAGGGAGUAGAGCUUGCUACUACUGCUCGUUGCUUCGGGGAAUUCAAGGAGGAAGGCGUGGUUCGUGCUUCUUCUGUUUCUGUUUUGAAAACAAUUUAAAUAAUGCUCAUGGAUAUUAUUUCGAAUAUUUAUUUGGGGCUUGUAUGCCCGUGGUUGCCACGUGUGGCUUGAAUAUUUGUAAUUAUGUUUCCGCUGCUUAAUUAAAUAUUUUACAUUAUGAUGGUUUAUGGAUGUACUAUGUGUGAAUG